UCGGUGAUGGCGGCGCAGUGCGGGGCAUGGUGCGGGGCCUGGUGCGGGGUCAGCCGGUUUCUCUGGAGCUCGGUUCGGCCGCGGCUCUGCUCCUCUCUGCGGCCGGGCUCUCGCUGCUUCGCCUCGGACUCGGCUCCGGAGAAGCCUCGGUCCGGGUUCGCCGCGGCGCUGGAGCUCCAGGAGGAACUGCGGGAGGCGGCGGCGAACCAAGCCGAGCAGCAGCGCUCUCGGGGCGGACACACGGAGAGCUUCGCCUCGCUGCUGCGGAGAUCUCCCCUGGUUCAGAUGGGACCCGCUAAAGACAAGGUGGUCGUGGGCAGGGUGGUCCAGGUUUUGGACCAGGACUUGUACGUGGACUUUGGAGGGAAGUUUCACGCCGUGGUCCGGACUCCAGACGGAUCGGCUCUACCCAGAGGGACCCGAGUCCGGAUCCAGCUCCAGGAUUUGGAACUGACCGCUCGCUUCCUGGGACAUAGUACCGACACGACGCUCCUGGAGGCGCACGCCACGCUGCUCGGGCCCGACGGAGGGACUAAACCUGGACUAAAACAGGACUAAACCCUCCUGGAGGCGCACGCCACACUGUUUGGGCACAACAGAGGGACUAAACCUGGACUAGACCAGGACCAGACCAGGACUGUGUAUAAAUGUACAGAUCAUGUUUGAGUGAAAUAAAAGUGGGUUUUGUUGAGA